AUGUCCGGCGAGAAUUCAUUACCAUUUUUUCAUGGUGCUUUAUUGGAUGAUGAUGCUGAUAAAAUGCUAGAAUUAAAUGGUGAUUUUUUAUUACAAACUAAAUUUGAACAAAGUAAAAAGAAAAAUAAAUUGGUACUGGCCAUUAAACAUGGACAUCGAACAAUCAGAAUACCAAUUUCUCGGCUUGAAAAAGGAUAUCGCAUAUUUGGACGUUCAUUUCAAACAAUGAAUACGUUAAUAAAAUAUUAUCAAGAACAUAAUUUGGAAAUACACGGAACUGAUUCGUUGUUUUUGAAAAGACCAAUCAAGAAAGGAAGAUUUGAACUGAAUCAUUCUGAUAUUAAAAUUAUGAAAAAGAUUGGUUAUGGAGCAUAUGGUACAGUAUAUAAAGGUGUAUUACUUAAAAAUCUUUGUCCAGUAGCAAUCAAACGAAUUGAUUGCGCUGAUAAAUCAGAGCAAGCAUUAAUUGAUCUGAUGAAAGAAGCACGUGUAAUGCAAUUAUAUGAUCAUAUCAAUGUUGUCAAAUUUUAUGGUUUUAUUGUAGAUCGUGAACCAUUUUUACUCGUUAUGGAAUACUGUAAAGAUGGAUCAGUGGAAGAUAAAUUACGACAAUAUGGCCAUCAUUUAAGUAUUGAGUCACGUAUCGAUAUAGCAUGUCAAAUUGCCCGUGGUCUUGAAUAUCUUCAUUUGAAAGGUUGCAUUCAUCGAGAUAUUGCUACACGUAAUUGUCUUCUUAAUGGUGCGAUUGUUAAAUUAGCUGAUUUUGGGAUGUGUCGAGCAACACUUGUGUAUAAAAUUGACCUUACAAAACCACAAAAUGUUCGCUGGCUUGCACCUGAGGUAUGGCGUUCCGGUGAGACAAGAUUCUGCACAGAUAUUUAUGCAUUUGCAAUAACUCUUUGGGAAUUGUUUACAAUACCGUAUACUCAUCCAUAUAGUACUUGGAAAGCGUAUAAAGUUAAGGAAAGGGUAAUGGCUGGCUAUCGUUUGCCAAGUCCAAAUGAUAUGCCUGAAUCUAUGAUAACAAUGAUGCGACGAUGUUGGGAUCAUGAUCCUUCAAAACGACCAACAGCUAAGCAAGCACGGGAAUAUUUGGAAGAUAUUUAUCGAAAUUUUGUUGCUGAAAAAUCAGCUGCUGUUAGCUCCAGCGCUCAUACAGCAGUUCUAAAUUCGCGAAGUAGCAAACAGCUUUCGUCAAGUGAAGAUAUUUCAUCGAAAUCAAUUGGUGAUAUCACGCAAUCACGUGAUUCAGGAGUUAGAAGGCAUAGUUCCUCGGGCUCCAGCGGGAAAACAUUUUCCAAAAGUCGAAUCUAUCGAAGAGGUUCCACGUGA